UGAAGCCAUUAAUGAUGAAGCCAUUAAUGGGAUUGAUAACAUGAAGGCAAACUCCACCGGUGCCAAGCCGUCGCUAACAUCGACAUGGAUCUUAUUAGAUUUAUUAAGGAGGCGGCCUUGAUUUAAAUCCGAACUUGACCUUUCGUCUUCACUCUUCCAGCUAUCCGACCAGAGUUUCGACUCUCAUACUUUCGUUAUUGCUGUAAUAAGUCGCCGCUUACUUUAUAAUCAUCUCAUCGGAAUCGCAAAUAUAGGUCUUAUACCUUUGAAGCGACGUAGGAUAUCUCUCAGUAGGCCACCGCAAAAAUGGCAGGUAUCGUAGGCAGCCAAAGCGACAGCACGUGCAACACGCACAACGCCCUGCGCAACAUAUCCUCAUACGCCUGCGGCGUGACCUUCGGGUUUAAGAGCACUGCGGAUCCGCCGCCGGACAUGCAUUACGGGGUAGUGUCUCUGAAAGAAUGCUGCGACAUGGCGAACCGCCCCCUGAUGCGCAUACCGGGUAACACGGGCUGCGAGAUACAGUUCUGCGAGUUGCCCGAAAGCACAACUUCUACUACUAAGACGGUCUACUACGCCUACGCCACGGGCUCCGGUACUGCAGCCGCGACGCCGCCACCCUACGUCACAGAAGACGUCCGAACCGGGCCGCCAGGGGAUGUCGAGUCCUGCAUGUACUUCGUCUACGAGCGCGACGUGCCGGAGAAUAUUGCCAAGGACAUCGCCUUCGCGAGCAACUGGUGCAUUGCUCGCAUGUACGACGACGAGUUACCCGAUUCUGAAGUAUCUGCUGCCGUAACGGCUAGCCCGGCGCCUCCAAGCUGGACGACCGCGGCGAUGGACCAGUUUGAUGUCUACUUCUCAACUAAAAGCGCUGCUGAGGCGAGCGCAACCGCGGCUCCUAAGUCGACGAGCGAUGGGCCUAGGCGGUAUGCCGAGCAGAGUACGUUGACGGGGGUCAAGAUAUGGGCGGUUGUCGCGCUGGCGACGCUUGGCCUCGUUGCUGCAUUAUGAUUUCGGACUUGGCAGACGGAUGUAUUGGGAAUCGUUACCCUCCUUUAGUAUAAUACCCAUGACUACAAUCGCUUAGGACUUUCAAUGUUAGUGCAGGCCUGCACUGCAGCAAUAUCUUUUAGGACUGAGGAUUAUAUCGCGACAUGCAGUUUCACUGAACUAUCGUAACAUUCCAAGUGUUGACCUACUUAUACCUAAACUUAAAGGGUUAUCAGCAUGUUUAUUGGUAAUCUUAUGCGGGGCAGGAGUUUC